UUAACAAAGUUAUAUACUAUAUAUCUCUUACUCCUAAGUUCCAACAACAAAAGAAAACCAAACUCAACAUACUUUCUAAUAUGUCAAUGGAUUGGUCUAGAGGCAGAAUCAUCGGCCGUGGCUCGACUGCCACCGUCUAUGUAGCUGAUCGUUGCCAUUCUGGUGGUGAAGUGUUUGCGGUGAAGUCUACGGAGCUUCACCGAUCGGAGUUAUUGAAGAAAGAACAACAAAUUCUGACCAAGUUAAAGUGUCCUCAAAUUGUGAGCUACCAAGGUUGUGAAGUCACCUUUGAAAAUGGUGUUCAAUUGUUCAACUUGUUCAUGGAGUAUGCACCCAAGGGAACUCUUUCAGAUGCAGUUCGCAAUGGAAAUGGAAUGGAAGAAGCUAUGGUGGGAUUCUAUGCGCGUCAAAUUCUGCUAGGGCUUAACUAUCUUCAUUUGAAUGGGAUAGUGCAUUGUGAUUUGAAGGGACAGAACGUGUUGGUGACAGAACAAGGUGCCAAGAUUUCAGAUUUUGGAUGUGCUAGGAGGGUGGAAGAGGAGUUGGUGAUUUCUGGGACACCGGCUUUCAUGGCACCGGAGGUGGCACGCGGGGAGGAGCAGGGGUUUGCUUCUGAUGUAUGGGCUUUGGGAUGUACUUUGUUGGAGAUGAUCACCGGGAAAAUGCCGUGGCAGGGUUUUUCUGACCCUGCCGCGGUCUUGUAUCGGAUUGGAUUCUCUGGCGAUGUGCCAGAGAUUCCUGAUUAUGUUUCGGAACAAGGGAAGGAUUUUUUGAGAAAAUGUUUGAAGAGAGAUCCAAAUGAGAGGUGGUCGGUGGUUGAACUUCUUGGCCAUGAAUUUGUUGGGAAGUUUAAGGAUUCCGUGUUUGAUUCGGAAACUCCGACCACUGUGUUGGAAGGAGGUUUCUGGGAUUGGGAUUCUUUGGAAACAACUCAGGAUGUGGUCCCAACACUUGAAUGUAGUUGUUCCUCGGAUUCUUCGAGUCUGCGGAACAGAAUCCAAAGUUUGUGUUCUGAUGAGGCUUUUUGGGAAUCUGAUGAUGAUGAUGAAUGGGUUACUGUGAGAAGCAAUGGUGAGGAGGUGAAUGCAUUGUCAUUUGAAGAAAUUGAAGAUUAUGAAUCAGACAUUGUUUGUGAACUUGAUGAUCAUGAGAUUAGUUUGGUGAUUUUUUAUGAACCAAAAAUUGUAGUUGAAUUGAGUAGAUGGAAUGAGAUUUUUGAUUAUUUGUGUUUUAGAAGCUGCAAUUGUGGCUUUUGUGUUAGAGAUUUUUUAUCAGUUUAUCAAUGUAUAAAGAUUGUUCUCUAUGUAACAAUUGAUUCUAAGAACACACAAGUUUUUAUCAUCCCCUGCUUUCUGCUUUUUUUAUUUUUCUUUAAUUUCUCAUUGGAUAGAUAA